AUGAGUUGUCGCCUUCCAGGCACCGCAGCAGACGUGUCCGGAUUCUGGGAUAUGCUGGUGACCGGGCGGACAGCCUGGACCGACGGACCCGGGAAGAGGUUCAACAUGAAGGCUUUCCAGGGCUCCAGGGACGGUCCUAGGGGAACGGCCAUGGACCCCCAGCACCGUUUAUUGCUCGAAAUAGCCUAUGAGUCGUUUGAAAACGCCGGAAUCACACUCGAGGCAUUGUGGGGGUCCAACACCGGAGUUUUCGUCGGACAAUGGUGCUCGGAUUACCAGGAGAUCGAGGCUCGAGACGUCGACGCGCCGCCCACAUACCUGGUCACAGGAACCGGCCCCGCCAUCAGUUCAAACCGGCUCUCCUACUUUUUCAAUCUCCACGGACCAAGCUUCACUCUCGAUACGGGGUGCGUCGGCGUAGUGCUGAAGCCGCUUUCCGCGGCUAUCCGGGACGGCGACCGCAUUCGCGGCGUCAUUCGUGGCUCCGCAGUAACCCAGGAUGGCAGGACCCCGGGUAUUAGCGUGCCUAGCACAUCGGCCCAGAAGGAGGCCAUCUUCCAGGCAUAUCGCCAGGCCAACCUCGAAGUUUUCGCGGACUACGUUGAAGCCCACGGCACGGGCACACAGGUCGGCGAUCCGAUUGAGGCGCGCGCCAUCGCUGAGGCGUUCACCGCAGGGAGGCCCGUCGGUUCUAAGCUGCCCAUCGGGUCCUCGAAAGCGAACGUCGGCCAUACUGAAUCGGCGGCCGGGCUGGUCGGCCUAGUCAAAGCCAUCCUAAUGCUAGAACACGGUGUGAUCCCGCCUCAGGCGAAUUACCUAUAUCCUAACCCCGACAUACCGCUUGAUGAGUGGCAGUUGCGCGUAAAUGGCUCCCCUUCCCAACCAUUCCUACCCAACUUGAGCGGAGACAUAUCCGGAGAGUGUCGUUUCGGGUACGGCGGCACCAACGCCCACGUCAUCGUCGAUGGCUACACGCCGCCUACAUGGACAUCUCUUCAGAUGCAUGUUAAGAUCAAUGGAAAUCGGAUUCAUAAUUCCAGAGAUGAGAGGCUACGCGUAUUCUUCAUCAGCGCAGCAAGUGAGCGCUCGUGCCAAAAGAUGUGCACGCGUCUUGCCAAGUACCUCGUUGUUCGGCAACGUUCGCCACAAGAUCUCGAUACGCUCUUGAUCAACCUAGCGUACACGUUACAGAGGCAGUCCAUACACCCGUAUCGGCUAGCAAUCACAGCCAGGGGUGUAGGAGACUUGGUCAGCCAGCUGCUUGAUGCUUCCAGUCAACCUAUCCCUCGCCGAGAAAGAGAAUCCAAAGCCCGAAUUGCCUUUGUUUUCAGCGGUCAAGGGGCCCAGUAUGCUGAGAUGGGCCGGGAACUACUCCCCAGCCAUCCCAGAUUCGCCAGAUCUAUUGACCGCGCACGACGAGCCCUCGAACAGCUCGGAUGCCAGUGGGACCUGAUCAGCGAACUCUGCAAGCCCAAAACGGAUUCACAGAUUAAUAGCCCCGCCAUAUCUCAGCCAGCUACAACGGCCAUUCAAUUAGGUCUGGUUGACUUGCUCGGUGAGAUGGGAGUGAUCCCCGACGCGGUAGUCGGGCACUCAAGCGGAGAGAUCGGAGCCAUGUACGCAGCCAAGGCAAUUUCAUUUGAGGAUGCGAUUGCAGCCUCCUACUACCGCGGAUAUUUUACAAGCCAACUCCUCUCCGGGGAUAAGCUCGAGACGCCGGGUGGAAUGAUGGCCGUGGGCGCGGAUGCGGACGCGGUGAAUGCCUGCAUCGAGUCUCUUGGCGAAGAUUUCGGCCAAAGCCGCAUCGCUUGUUAUAACAGCCCCUCAAGCGUCACCGUGUCAGGGGAUGCCACAGCCAUUGACGAGUUAAAGCGCAUUCUUGACCAAAAGGGCAUUUUCAAUAGAAAGCUCAUGACCAACGGGGCAGCAUACCACUCGCACCAAAUGAAGCUGAUUAGCAACGAGUAUCAACAGUCGUUGGACAAGCUGACCCAGGAAUGCAUUCAUGGCAAGGCUGCUCGCAUGUUCAGUUCCGUGACUGGCAAGGAGCUCACCCCUGGCUGUGUCGUCAAUGGGGACUAUUGGGUCUCGAACCUGAUAAGCCCCGUGCUUUUCUCCCAGGCAGUCCAGAGCAUGUGUGCCCACGAGUUUAGAGGACACCCCAUUGACACGAUUGUGGAAAUCGGUCCUCAUUCGCAACUUGCCGGCCCCGUCAAGCAGAUCCUCAAGUCCAUGGGUUCAUCUCUAACCGCGCAGCCGAGAUAUCGCAAGUUUUGGCACGAGACGCGCAUAUCCAAGGAAUACAGGCACCGGAAGCACACGCCCCAUCCUCUGUUGGGCUCUCCCUGUCCCGACUUUAUACCUCUGGAGCCCCGAUGGCGCCGGUAUCUGAGCCUCAAGGAUCUUCCUUGGUUACGAGGGCACAUCAUUCAAGGCCAGGUCAUCUUUCCGGCAGCAGGCUUCAUCACAAUGGCAAUCCAGGCAAUAAGACAACAUGCCAUGCAACGGAACAGGAACGCCUCAAUUAAGAGUGUCCAGCUCCACAAUGUCAGUAUUGGGAAAGCCUUGCUGCUCCCGGAGGACGGCCAAGACGUUGAAAUUACUUUUAGUCUGAGGCCGGAAGCCCGGACAUCGCGCGCAUCCUCUACUACGUGGAAUGAGUUUCGCAUCUUCACCGUCGCAGAUAACGGCGAGUGGACCGAGCAUUGCCGCGGCAACAUCAGGGUUAAUGAAGACGCAAUCCAGGCCCACGCAGUCAAUCCCAGCCUUGAAGUGCAAAAGAGCCUAGAGCAGACAUGCAAUAGAGGGGAAAGUCCACGAAAGUUUUAUCGCAUGGGCCGCGGGCUUGGCCUUGACUGGAACAGCGGUUUCGAUAAUGUGACGAGCAUCAAGACUUGCCAGCAUGCCGCGAUUGCUGUCGCCACGGAAUCCCUGCUCCCAGAGCUCGGAGGUGUUGGUGACAUCUUACAUCCCGCCGGUAUAUUACUCACUGCAAAUGGCGUGCGUACUACCAAGUUGAUGGACGACGACGUUAGCGCCGGCCCACAAGAGGAUGCAAGCUACGGCAUCGAGUGGGUUCCCUUUGUCAACGACUGGAAGCCGAGGCAACGGGAUCUAGCCUGCCGAAGCAGAGCGCCGCCAGCUUGCAUCGCCAAGCAAAACGCAUACCUAGACGAGAUGACCUUCCACUACGUACAGAAAACCUUGAGAGAGGUUGAUCCAACUGCGGUUCCAAUAGGAUACUCGGAGCAUUUCUUCGAAUGGAUGAGAUCCCUCGAUCCAUUUAGCAGCGAUACUGGAGAAGUACCGUUCCCCGAGAAGCCGCAUGAUCUAGAUUUAGGGCCAUUUGGCGAGGCUGUAGUACGACUCGGGCCCCAUCUGGCGGACAUCGUGACGCAGACUACCGAUCCCCUCUCCCUGCUUGUACCAGACAACUUACUUACGCGCGUGUACACCCAAGACCGUUUCUCAAGAUGCAUCUUCCAGAUGGCGGACUAUUGUCGCGCGCUCGGUCUGCAGAACCCGGGCUUGAAGGUGCUCGAGGUUGGUGGUGGCACUGCGUCCGCCACUAUCGAAAUUCUCCAAGCGCUGAACGGAAGCGGCGAUCGCUUAGCUGAGCACUACGAUUUCACCGACCUAUCGCCCGGUUUCUUUGAGGGCGCCAAGAAUCGUCUGGGGAGCCUGGGCGACGUAGUUCACUUCAAGGUGCUCGAUAUCGAGAAGGCCCCAGCGGAGCAAGGAUUCGAGGAAGGCGAGUACGAUCUCAUCGUCGCGAGCAAUGUCGUACACGCCACCCAAAGCAUCGACAAGGUCGUUGCGCAUCUCCGACCCCUCCUGCGACCAGGCGGGACGUUUCUCCUGAUGGAAAUCACGCGUGAGAUGCCUCAUCUCAAUCUUCUCUUUGGCGUAUUCGAGGGUUGGUGGGCCGCCGGCUUUACCGACACGGCGCCCAAGUUUGUGGACUACGACAGCGGGAGUGGUGGAUCGAUCAGCGUUUUCGCGGCCACCAUUCCGUGGACGGAUGCCACCGUGAUCGCGCGGCCAGUCUUCAAUAUCGUUAGCUGCGACCCUACGACUAGCCUUGCUGUUGAAGACCUGCAGCACUUGCUCGGGACCCGAGUAUACUUACACUCAGUUACCGAGCCCCCACUUAACACAGGUGUAACCAUCAUCAUGCCCGAAAUUGCCCACGCCCUUUCGAGCAACCCAGCCAACGGCCUAUGGAGAGGCUUCAAAAAUUGGGUAUUGGCUUCCCAAGUCCUCGUUUUCGUCAGCUGCGGUAGUCCAUCGCGUUUAAGCGACACCGAGGCCCAGAUAUGGGUUGGUGUGGUUCGCUGUCUCCGGGCAGAGAUGCCGCAACAUCGCAUCAUCACUCUGGACCUACCCGGCCUCCCGCAUGGCCAGCUUACCAAGGCUCUGGCCGACGUCCUACCCACAUUUGUGAGUCAAGGGGUCUUGGACCCCAAUAUAAGAGAAACACGGGUGGACUUUGAAUUCACUUACAACGAUGGCCAACUCUACGUCCCGCGCGCGUUCAACCGCAACGACAUCACCAGCGCCCUUUCACGCGGUGCAGGCAGAGCCGCGACGAAACUCAUCCCGUUCCUAGACGAAAGACGCCCGCUAGCGGCCAAAUUGGCCGUCCCAGGGCUUCUUGAGAGCCUUCGCUGGGUGGAUGAUGAACAAGCGCCCGCACUGGGGCCUGAUGACAUCAAGUUAGAGCUCCGUGCGGCAAGUAUCAACUUCAAGGAUGUCCUCAUUGCAGCCGGUCAGCUUGAAGGCAUCACAGAUAUGCGUAACGAUUGUAGCGGAGUGGUUGUUUCCGUCGGCGAAAAUAUGCGGUCUCGGUUUAGACCGGGUGACCGUGUGUGUGCCAUGUACUCCCGGCCCUAUGCCAAUUACCCCGUCGUCCACGGCGAUUGUUGUCACAUCAUCCCCGACACCAUGACGUUUGAAGAUGCCGCUGCACUCCCAAUUGUUUGGUGUACGGCUUACUACGCUCUAGUUGACCAGGGCCGACUAAAGGCUGGAGAAAAGCUCCUGGUUCAUUCCGCGGCUGGCGCAGUUGGGCAAGCGUCCAUCAUAUUAGCACAGCAUUUCGGCGCCGAGGUUUUCGUAACUGUCGGCAACGAUGAAAAGCGUGAGUUCUUGCGCACGGAAUACGGCAUUCCCGAUUCGCACAUCUUCUCGAGUAGAAAUUCGGACUUUUUCCACGGAAUCAAGCGCCUCACGGGCGGAUCUGGGGUGGACGUUGUCCUCAACUCCCUAUCCGGCGACAUGUUUCGCAUGUCGUGUAAUCUCGUCCGGCCCUUUGGUCGCUUUGUCGAGAUCGGGCGAAAGGACAUUAUGGAAGACGCGCUCAUGCCUAUGGCCUUUUUGCUGAAUAACAUCACCUUCUCUUACGUGGAGCUGAACCUGUUGAUGGAAACCAACAAGCCGCUCGCACGACGAAUUCUCGGAGAUGUCGUCAAUGCGGUCGCUCGCGGGUCCAUUCGCCCGUUCAAGCCAAAGAGUAUCCCCAUCUCUGAAAUUGAAGCGGCUUUGCGACAAUUCCAUGAUGGGAAGCACAUAGGCAAGACGGUGCUCAGCGUCAGCGUGGGCCAGCAAGUUAAAGGAGUUCCGCCUCCACCAGCCCCGGCAAAGCUAGACCAGGGCGCAACCUAUGUGGUUGUGGGUGGUCUGGGUGGGCUAGGCCGGCCGCUCAUCUCGUGGAUGGCGGACCAUGGUGCUCGUCACAUCGUCGCGCUGUCGCGGUCCGCCGCCGCAGAUGAGAACCGACAAUUCAUCCAAGACUUGGAAACCAAGGGCGUUCAGCUCGUAAUUAUGCGCUGCGACGUCGCCGACAAGGAGAGCCUCCGUUGCAUGGUUCAGGAUGUGAGCAACGCUGGACUCCCGCCAAUUCGGGGCAUCAUUCACUCGGCAAUGGUGUUGCAGGACUCGUUGUUGGAGGACAUGACUGUAGAGCAGUGGGGAGGUGCACUAAAUUCCAAGAUUGCCGGAAGCCGAAACCUGCAUGAGAUGUUUGGCGAGGUCGACUUCUUCAUCAUGCUCUCAUCCGUCGUGACUCUCCGCGGAAACGCGGGUCAGUCCAAUUAUGCUGCCGGCUGUUCUUACCAGGACGCACUCGCCCGCCACCGAACUACCAUAGGACUCCCAGCAUCUGCGAUCAACAUUGGGCCUGUGCUGGAAGUCGGGUUCGUCAGCGAAAACGCGGAAAUCGAGGCAUCGCUGCGCCGCCAAGGGUUCGGGGUGAUCAACUUGGCGGAUUUCCUCCAGCUCAUCAACUAUGCCGUCGCGCACCCGCGGCCCUCCAGCCCAUCCAAGAGCGUCUUUUCCAUUGGCGAGCUAUCAAGCACCAACGACAUGGGAGUGGAAACCGGGUUAGACACCCGCCUCUUUGGUCACGUUUGCCGUCGAAAGGUGGAGAGCAUCUUGCAGCAGCUCAGCAACUUGAUCGCUACCCCCGUAGAGUCACUAAGCCAGACCCGUAGCCUUGACAGCUACGGUGUAGACUCGCUCGUGGCAGUUGAGCUGCGAAAUUGGAUUGGAAGGCACCUCAAAGCGAGCAUCCCUCUUCUCGCGCUGCGCAAGGGAGGAAGCAUCUGGGAGCUAGCCAAGACAGUGACCAAGGAGUCCCGUCUAGUAAGUUUUGCGGCGGCAGAGGUCUAG